CGCCUGACAAGUUUCACAUCUUUCCAUGCGCCACACACACACAAACACACACCACACCAUUGUUUCUUUCUCUUUUUUACUCAUCCAUAUAUAAAUAAAACCAACCCCAUCUCAUCAAAAUUCGAUCUUUUUUAAUCUUUUGGGAUUUUUUUCAUAAUCUUAUUAAUACCCACAUCAAUCAACAAUCUGUCUACACAAUCUUUCAAUCAAAGAUAUGUUGUACACAGCCUUUUGAGUUUGUGAAAUAUUUUAUUUGUAUCCACCAUUGAUCAUAUCUCGGGAUAAUUCGAUAUGUUAUCUAAAGUUAUUUGACGUUGAAGAAUAUAUAUAUUUAUGCAUGCAAAAAGAUGCCUGAUUUGAGACGUGGAGUUCGCCAAUCUAAAAAAAUCAUUAACACUAAUGAUAACGAUGAUGAUGUCGUUGUAGCCCCUACUCCUCGUCGUGGGACCCGCAGAGGGAAAGCUCAGACACCAAAAGCACCAAUGCCGAGGCCAGCUGGUAGAGGUCGAGGGGGAAGAGCGACGAAACAAGAUAAAAAUGUUGAAUUAUUUGGUGGACGUGGCCCCCAGUUGAAUUUGGAUGCGGCACUUCGUGAUCAAUUGGUUGUGGGUGCGGAAAAAAAUGUUGCUAAUGGUGAGGAGGAAGGAAGCUCGGAUCCAGUUCCUGAAAGGGUGCAGGUUGGCAAUUCUCCUGCAUACAAGUUAGAGAGAAAGUUAGGAAAAGGAGGUUUUGGUCAAGUUUAUGUAGGUAGAAGGGUGACGGGUGGGUCGGGAAACACGGGGCCGGAUGCUCUUGAGGUCGCUUUGAAGUUAGAGCAUCGGAAUGGAAAGGGGUGUAAUUAUGGUCCUCCUUACGAAUGGCAAGUUUAUAGUAAUCUUAAUGGUUGUUACGGACUUCCAAUGGUCCACCACAAAGGCCGCCAAGGAGACUAUUAUAUCCUUGUUAUGGACAAACUAGGCCCGAGUUUGUGGGACGUGUGGAACUCUAACAACCAAACUCUCUCGGAAGAAAUGGUUGCUUGUAUAGCAGUGGAGUCUUUAUCGAUAUUAGAGCAGCUUCACUUAAGAGGUUUUGUUCAUGGAGAUGUGAAGCCAGAAAAUUUUUUACUUGGUCAGCCCGGGACACCCAAUGAGAAAAAGUUGUAUUUAGUUGAUCUUGGUUUAGCUUCAAAAUGGAGGGACACUUCUUCGGGUAAUCAUGUUGACUAUGACCAAAAGCCUGAUGUGUUCAGGGGAACGGUACGUUACGCAAGUGUACAUGCACAUUUAGGAAGAACAGGAAGCAGAAGAGAUGAUCUUGAAUCUUUGGCUUAUACAUUGAUAUUUCUCCUUAAAGGGAAACUUCCGUGGCAAGGUUUCAUUGGCGAUAACAAAGGGUUCCUUGUUUGUAGAAAGAAGAUGGCGACGUCUCCCGAUCAUCUUUGUUACUUUUGUCCUUCACCAUUUAAAGAGUUUCUUGAAGUGGUGACAAGUUUAAAAUUUGAUGAAGAACCUAAUUACUCGAAGCUUAUCGCAUUGUUCGAAAAUUGUCUGGUUUCUAAUGCCUCUUUGCGUCCAUUGCGAAUUGACGGUGCCCUAAAGGUGGGGCAAAAGAGGGGAAGGUUACUUAGUAAUUUGGAAGACACUCAGCCUAGGAAGAAAAUCAGGCUCGGGAUUCCCGCUAAUCAGUGGAUUUCCGUUUAUUCAUCAAGAACACCAAUGAAACAAAGGUACUAUUACAAUGUAAGGGAUUCAAGACUACACCAACAUGUGGAACAAGGGAAAAACGAUGGGCUUUACGUUAGCUGUGUAGCAUCAUCCCAGAAUCUAUGGGCCGUCAUCAUGGAUGCCGGGACUGGGUUCACUUCACAAGUUUAUGAAAUUUCCCCCGUCUUUUUACGCAAGGAGUGGAUAAUGGAACAAUGGGAGAAGAAUUAUUACAUUACGUCACUUGCGGGUGCAUCAAAUGGUACUGCCUUGGUUGUAAUGUCCAAGGGGACAACAUAUACACAACAAUCAUACAAAGUGAGUGAAGUUUUUCCAUUCAAAUGGAUCAACAAGAAAUGGAAGGAGGGCUUUUUGGUCACUUCAAUGACCACUUCGGGGAAUAAAUGGGGCAUCGUGAUGUCUCGUGAUACACAAUAUUCUAAUCAGGUUGUGGAGCUUGAUUUUCUAUAUCCCAGUGAAGGGAUUCAUAGAAGAUGGGAAAACGGGUACCGAAUCACAUCGGCUGCUGCCACUGAAGAUCAAGCCGCUUUUAUUCUUAGUACUUCCAAAAGGAGACUUCAAGAUGUUACUCAAGAAACACUUAGGACUACCACUUUUCCUUGUACACAUGUUAAGGAAAAAUGGUCAAAGAAUUUGUACAUAGCAUCCAUCUGUUACGGGAGAACCGUAUCUUGAAAUUUGCAAGAAUUUUUUUGGUGGGCGAUUGUGGCGAUCCUACAAACUGAAAUAUGCACAGAAAACUUCCCAUUACGCCUUCCCUUUCGAUGAGGGUAUCAAAUGUCUGCUCAAAAUGAUGUCGUUUAGCCGCCUUCCCGUCACCCGUUUCUUGAGAAAAAGUGAUUUGACUUAAAGUCAACGUUUCUGGACCCUUUUAUAUUAAGAAAAAAAAGAAAGAUCCGUAAUUUAUACUCUGUUGUUGUCGCGAAGAAGAAAGGGUUUUGUUUCAGCACCCCUAUCUCUUUCGGGUUUGGUGGUGUGUAGUAAGUAUAUGGUGUAUAGUUGCUAAACUUUGGGAGUCUAAACUGGUGGUCAAAACUAAAAUGUGUGUUGUUUAAUGACUUGAUAUUGUAAUGCAAGAAAUGGUGAAGAGAUUUAUACUAUUCUUGCUGAAUUGAUCCUUUUUCA